AUGCCUUUGGGCUCGCGGAGACCAGUAGUGGGCGGCGCGGACUCCAGGCCCAAGCCGCCAAAGCCUCAGGGGGAAAGUGCGCCUAAUGGCCCUAUGGCAAACACCAACACCCACGCCAACAGGCGCCAAAGUGGGAGGACCACGAGGAGUGGUGAGGGCCGACGAGGCAAUCUUCUAGACCCCGGCGUCCAGCCCGGGAUUAAUCACCGUCCCACCAAAACCUGCAAAAUUUCUAGAGAUUUCGACCAGGACAUGCCUGAGAGCAACGACGACGAAAGUGAGAGUCACCAGCACGACACCUUCUUCCGUCCUGCCAGUUUUCGUAGCCACCCUCGAGAUCAUCUCUCAACCGGCAAACUGAAGUCCCCAACCCGUUCGACGUCGUACACGACACCCCUCCCGCUGUUCACCGAGGAGUCAAAGCCUAAAUCUGGCCAGGCGGCUCCCGCACCCUUGACUGAGCAGAAUCUACGGGCCCUCCUACGAUCCAUCAACGCUGCAGAUACAAAGAAGCAAGAGCCUGGGCGGCGGAGGGGUGUGUCUGAAGCCGCAGAGGGAGUUCCCGAAACAAGCAUCAACUGCAAACUUAGUCCUCCUGCCACUGCCGGUGUCACUCGCACCGCGGGCACAACAGGCUCUGGCCGUGCUGCCUUUGCCUCAGCCCCACCCGCAGUCGCCCUUCCUCCCACUGGCUCAAAUCCAACAUCCAUGCGGAAGUCAAAAUCACCCAAGAAGCAGGACAAGGACAAGGAAAAGAAGAAGUUUAGAAACAACUCCGACCCAGACACCCACCCACUGAAUCUCCCUCCUGACCAACUCCGUCAACAUCUGGCUCAAAUGGCCAGGCAAGAGGCCGAGUCGGCCGGCAGAAUGUCCAUGGAUCGAGAAUUUGCAGACACCAACAACCACGAUUCCUCCAUGUCCAACGGCACCGCAGGCUCGUCGCAGCCGGCCACUCCCUCCAAAGAAGUCCCUGGCGCCUUCUCCGACCAGGCCAACAGCGAUGCCACGAGCAACGGCACCAACGGGCAACACGAGGAGCGAAGUCCCACGCCUCCUCCACACCGCGUUCCUCCUGCACCCAAAGUCGAUGCCGAGGCCUGCAAGGCCGCAGGAAAUAAAUUCUUCAAGGCCAAGGAUUAUGAUCGGGCCAUUGUCGAGUAUACAAAAGCCGUCGAAGCAGAGCCCUCGAAUCCCACGUAUCUGUCAAACCGAGCCGCAGCCUACAUCUCCGCCAACAAAUACAGCCAGGCGCUCGGUGAUUCACUACAGGCCAACCGGUUGGAUCCCAAGAACGAUAAGAUUUUACACCGUCUUGCUCGAAUCUACACCUCUCUAGGACGUCCGCAAGAUGCCUUGGAUACGUACGCCAAAAUCCCUAAUGCGUCAGCCACAGACACUGCGUUGGCUCGCAAAGCCCUGCAGUCAAUCGAAAUGGCGGAGAGGCAAAUCGACACAGAGGACGGAAAUGGUAACAUGGCGCUUUGGAGCAUUGAACAGGCACGUCAAACACUAGGAUCGGGCACCCCCACACCCAGAAGAUGGCAGCUUCUCAAAGCCAAGGCAAAUUUGAAGAUCGGGUCCGCAAAUGCCCUGGGCGAGGUGCAGGGCAUUGCGCAGAAUCUGAUGCGUGAAAACCCUAUGGACGCCGAAGCUAUUGUUCUCGCAGGUCGAGCAUUCUACCUCAAGGACGAUAAGCCUAGACAGGGAAAGAGCGACUAUGAACGAGCCGAAGAUUACUUCCGACAAGCUCUGGCACUCGAUCCUGACAACUCCGAUGCGCGAAACUGGUUGCGAACAAUGAAGAAGCUAGAUAGAGCCCGAACAGCCGCCAACGACAUGUUCAAGCGUGGCAAAUACUCCGACGCCGUCACUGCUUACACGGAAGCUCUCACCAUCGAUCCCACAAACAAGGUCACAAACGCCAAACUGUUGGGAAAUCGUGCUCUAGCCCGGAUCAAAAUCAAGGAAUACGAUGAAGCCAAGGCCGACUGCGACCAAGCUCUUAAACUCGACCCCAGCUACACCAAAGCCCGCAGAACCCGAGCCAAAGCCACUGGAGAAAGCGGUGACUGGGAACAGGCUGUUAAAGAUCUGAAGUCUUUGUCUGAAGAUAACCCCACUGACGCGGAUUUGGCCAAAGAACUCCGUAACGCCGAGUUGGAACUCAAGAAAUCCAAGCGGAAGGAUUACUACAAGAUUCUAGGUAUAGAUAAGGACGCCGGCGACAAGGAUAUCGAGAGGGCUUACAAGAAGAAAGCGGCCCUGCUGCAUCCAGACAAGACGCAGGGCGAUAAGCAGAAGGAAGAGGAGUUUAAAGACUGUCUUGAGGCCAAGGAGACGUUGCUCGAUCCCCAGAAGAGGCACAUGUACGAUUCGGGAGCAGACCUGAUGGAACCUGGGAUGGGCAUGGGUGGAUAUCCUGGCGGCAUGGGGGGCUUUCCUGGUGGUUUCGGAGGGAUGGGAGGAUACCCCGGGGGUGGCUUUGGAGGCAUGGGUGGUGGUGGCGGCGGUGUGCAGAUUGACCCGGAGAUGUUGUUUAAUAUGAUGAACGGAAUGGGUGGUGGAGGGUCCGGUGGCGGCGGCUUCAGGUUCAGCUCAGGUGGAGGACGAGGCGGAUAUUCGCCGUUUGGCUGA